GGAUUGCUGGCACAGAUGAGAAAGGAAACGGAAGAUAUUGAGAGCCCCAAACGCAACAUUCGUGACAGUGGUUAUAUUGAUUGCUGGGACUCUGAACGCAGUGAUUCCCUUUCCCCCCCUCGCCACGGCAGAGAUGAUUCCUUUGACAGUCUGGAUUCAUUUGGUUCCCGCUCACAGCAGACACCGUCUCCAGAUGUAGUGCUCAGAGGAAGCAGCGAUGGGAGAGGGAGUGACUCUGAGUCUGACUUGCCACACCGAAAGAUGCCAGAUGUGAAAAAAGAUGAUAUGUCUGCAAGGCGGGCGUCGUAUGGCGAACCUAAAUCAGUUGUGCCUUUUAACCAGUAUCUCCCGAAUAAGAGUAACCAGACUGCCUAUAUACCAGCUCCUCUUCGGAAAAAGAAAGCUGAACGAGAAGAGUACCGGAAGAGCUGGAGUACUGCUACUUCACCACUCGGAGGAGAGAAGCCUUUCAGCAAAAACCAUCCUGAAACCAUAGAAGAAGAACAAAAUGAGGCACCAAGACAACAUGAAGAGGAGCAGGUGGGAUGCAUGGCUUCCAGGACAAACCCCAGUAAAAGUCAAGUAGAUUUGAAUCAAAACAAAGGAAAGACAAUAGAUCAGUUUCCUUCAGGUAGUGCCAAAGAAACUGCAGUGCACAAGUGCAAAGAGAAAGAUGCAGAGGAAAUCAGAAAGUUAAGAAGGCUUGAACAAGCUGGUAUUAAGGUCAUGCCAGCGGCACAACGCUAUGGCAGUCAAAAGCAAAUAUAUGAAGAUAGUGAACCUACCCCAGACAUCAUUCUUCACAAGGAGAAACCCUCUAUGAUGCAUUGUCAAGGGAAGGAUUCUGGAUCAGAAGAUGAAGCAGUGUUCAGAGUUCCUGAUCUAGAAAAGGAUGACUUUGCAGCCCGGAGAGCAAGACUGAAUCAGCCCAAACUUACAGUGUCAUUUAACCAGUUUUUAGUUGGGCCCUGUACAAAUAAAGAUAAAGGUAAACUGGAAGGUGCUGAAAAGCCAUUACAGAAGGAAAAACAGGAAUAUGCCAGAGCAAACCAGGUACAUAUGGCAUCAGCGAGGCAAAUUGUGACACGUAAAGAAAACCCAUUCCUGCAGUCUCAGGAUAACGAGUCGGAGGAGGAAGAGCAGGUGAAAGUACCUGAUAUUCAAAGAGAUGACCUGGCUAAACGAAAGACUCAGAGUAACCUUACCCAGCAACAAGAGUCUCCAGUAUUUGUGAAAGCUUCUAUAACACAAGCAGAUUUGGAGACGUGGGACAGACUGAAAGUGUCCGAGGAGCUCAGUGAAGAAGACCUCAAAUGCUCCAAGGAUCCUGAACCAUCCGCUGAAACUGCAGUGGAAGCAGCCAUUCAUGAUGAUUUUGCUAGCUGUAAAGCAAGAGCAUACAAAAAGGCUUCUAGCCCCAAGCAGAGGUUUGUGCACUUUGGGCCAGUGACUGAGAUUGAUCAACAGAAAUGGGAGAAGCUUAGUAUUGCCAGGGCCACAUCCAACAGUGAAACCACAGAGGAGACUGGGAGGGAAAGUGCUGAGAGACAGAUUUGCCAUGAAACCUUUGCAUCUGCCACUGCCUGCAGCCUCACUACCAUUGGACAUAAUAAUGAAGUCUCCAGGCCACAAAAUGAUUCCAGUGAGGUAGCACGGUCAGGUACAGAUGAAUAUUGCCAAGGAAUCCAGUUGGCUGCCUGUGUUGUCUCUCAGAACCAAACUCCAUGCAGAUUGAGUGAAGGGCAUGAAAGCAGGGAGGAAGAGCUUGAUGGGAGAGAUGAUAUGAUGGCUAGAAGGAUGGGAACCUUUCAGAGGCAGACUAGCCCGGUUUGUAUGCCAUAUUCUCCCAUGUCAGUUGCCCAUCAUCCUCUGCAGCAACAGAAAGGAGUAAUUCAUAAGAGAGACUUGAAGACUCCACAGAAAGCAGAAAGCAGUUUGCCCUUGAAUUGCACAAUGGAACAACAUCAUGGAACAGUUUCACCUGUCUCCGUGGGCUGUAAUGUGACAAGGGACGAGAGCCAUGAGAAACUGAAAGAUCCUGACCAGAGUAGGGGUGGUUCAAAACACCAAGUGAGAAUUCCAGAUCCAAGAGAUGACAUGAUGGCAAGAAGAACUGGAGCUUUUCUAAAGCAGCCUGGACCAAGUGUUAAACAGUUCCUUCCAGUUCCUUUUUCAAAGCAGCAGAGUAGCCAGGAGAGAACUAAGAAACUUGUAAAGCCUGAAAAGAAAGUGAAGAGCACCACCACCACUGGCUCAUUCAUCCCUGAAAAAUGUCCACAAAUCUGUGCUAACAGUCCUCAGAGACUGGCAGUGCAGCCUCAACACAGAGAAGAAAAAGAACAAGAAAGACAACAUCUCCCUGAUACAGGACAAGAUGUGGCUUCCACUGUUCACAUGAGUAGUCAUAGUCUUGAUCAAAUUCACUCAGAUCAAACUUCACAGCUUCAGGAAGUUCCUGAGAGAAACAAAGUGUUGUCAUCCAGAGACGAACACCUGCAAACGAGUGUGAGUAUGUUUGACAUGAGGUGUGAAGAUGAAGCUGUGAUGCAGCCUCACAGCAAGGCUCGCCAUGAAAAACUACAGCAUAUUCACAACCAACUGAAAGAGGAUGAGGAUAGAUGGCAAGAUGAUCUGGCACGGUGGAAAAGUCGGAGAAGAAGCGCUUCACAGGACCUAAUUAAAAAAGAAGCAGAGAGAAAGAAGAUGGAAAGAUUAUUGAGUGGCGGUGAUGGAAUAAGUGAGCGAAGGAAAAGUAUCAAGACUUACAGAGAAAUUGUGGAGGAGAAAGAGAGAAGAGAAAAGGAGCUGCAUGAAGCCUACAAGAAUGCCAGGUCACAUGAGGAGGCGGAGAGCAUUCUCCAACAAUACAUUGAAAGGUUCACCAUUAGCGAAGCUGUCCUUGAAUGUUUGGAGAUGCCAAAAAUUCUGGAAAGAAGCCAUUCAGUGGAGCCAAAUUCAUCAUCGCCACCGAAGGACCCAAAUCCUAUGAGAUACUUACGGCAACAAUCGCUGCCUCCUCCAAAAUACACUGCCACGAUUGAAGCAACCAUUGUUCCCAUCAACGAAUCAGAAGCCACUGUUUCAACAGGCCAAACAUCUCCAAGCAAAACUGUUGUCUCCAAGGCUGUGCCUAUGCUGACACCCAAGCCUUAUGCACAACCCACGCAGCAGGUCUUGAAAACAUUUAAGGUAGAUGGAAAAGUCAGCAUGAAUGGCGAAACUUUCAAUGGACUUGAAGAGAAGGAUAAAGAAUGUACAACAGUGAUAUAUGCUCCUUUACUAAGAAGAUCUCCAAAGUUUGAAGGGGUGGCCAGAGUGGAUGGAUACCCGGUGGAACUGAAGCAGGACACCACUAGCAUUGAGCUCAGUUUAAAGAGGCCUGCCACUCACACUGUGCCCAGAGAGCUGACAGCCUCCUUCACUGAAGAAGCUAAACCAGCCAACCAAAAAGCUGAAACUGAUUCUGGAGGGCCAGAAAUGAUGAAUUCGGGGUUUGCUUCACCAGCUGCAGAACAGAAACAAUUCAAGACAACUGUUACUUGUGCACGUCCUGCUGUGCCCAGCGUGGAGUUCCCUCCUAGCACCCAUUCUGAAGAAGCAGCUUCAAAAGAUAAAGAUCUGAAGAAACCUGAGACACAACAACAGAAGGAAGCAGAGGUCCUAGUUACAGAGAAGGUAGUGAAGUCAAAGGCUCCAGAACAAGAAGGGAGUAUAUUAUUUCCAUCUUUGAAGAAAGUACCUGAGACCAGCCAAGUUAUUCUGCAGAACUCUGAUGAACAAGCGGAUUCUGAUAAUAGUGACAAGUCAAAUCGUUUCAGUUUCUGGUCCUGGGAUCCAGAAGAGGAACGAAAGCGACAGGAAAGAUGGCAGCAUGAACAGGAACGCUUGCUUCAGGAGAGGUACCAGAAGGAGCAGGACAAGCUGAAAGAAGAAUGGGAAAAAGCACAGAAAGAAGUUGAAGAGGAGGAGCGUAGAUACUAUGAGGAGGAGCGCAAGAUAAUUGAGGAUACUGUAGUUCCGUUCACUGUUUCUUCAAGCUCUGCUGAACCCCUCUCCACUUCUUCCUCUGUCACUGAAGAAAAUGGGACAAUGAACAUGAUGGAACUGAGCGACUCUCAAGAGGAAGAGAAACAAAAGGAAAUUAAAAGACAGGAGAAAUUACCCUGGGAGCAGGAGGGUGCAUCAUUAGCCAAAAACAAGAAAAGUGAGCCAUGCCUGGAAAAGAAAAGCAGUGUAAAUAAAGUGCCCACAGAACAUCCAGAGACUAUUCUUCAGAGGGAAAGUGAGCAGGAUCACCAGGUGUCAGUGACGGAGCACAGCUCACCAGUUAUACUGAAUCUACCAUUGACUCAGGUAUUCAGUUUACCCCACUCUGUAACUUCAGAUGUGUCGUGGAAUCAGCAGUUGUUAACGAAACAGUCACCACACAUUUCAGAAGAAGUUAAACAGAAAACAUCUCUGGAUCAGAGCAUAGGCCAGCAGGAUAAUUCCCCAGGCGAAAGGAGAAGGACAGGCUGUCAUGAGAAUUUCAGGCCUGGGUUGUCAUCUCCAUGUUCUCCUACACCUCAAAACCACUCACCCAACAGGUAUCAAAGGUCUGUCAGUGGAAAGAAACUAUGUUCUACCUGUCGGCUUCCUCUUGGGAAAGGAGCUGCCAUGAUUAUUGAAACACUCGGUCUAUAUUUUCACAUUCAUUGCUUCAGGUGUGGAAUUUGCAAGGGACAGCUUGGAGAUGCAGCAAGUGGAACAGAUGUCAGGAUUAGAAAUGGUCUUCUCAACUGCAAUGAUUGUUACAUCAGAUCCAGAACUGCUGGGCAGCCAACAACGUUGUGA